AGCUCUAUCAGCAAAAUGGUAUUUGGCUCUCUUUCAAAACCUGGGCAUUUUCUAAGCCUCUGGCUUAUGCACCUUUGUACAGUUAGGUGUGCACACUCAGAAGAGGAGAGGUGUUCCUGUUAUCACUCUUACAUUCUCUCUUACACAUGCGCACAGAUCUUUAGCGGAUGAUCUCAGAUCCAAAUGCAGGCGGGAUAGUAGCUCUUCAGCCUGUUACUGGGCAAGAAAUCCAACCUGGCCUCACAAACAAGAAUCUAGCUCUUGUAAAAGGUGAUUCACCCGCACACAGAAUCAACUGCCUGCUCUCCCAGCCCGGCCUGCAUAGUUAUUCAUGAAGCAACUUCUGAUCAUGUUGGCUGUGUUUUCAGUGGUCGGCGUUGUGACUACAGAGGGGUCAUCAUGUCUGAAACGUGCAGCAUUUUCUUCUACAAACUUUGAGAACAUCCUGACAUGGGAAACGGAAGCAGAUAUUCCCCCUGGCACUGUGUUUGAUGUCCAAUAUAAACAGUAUGGAGAAAAAUCCUGGCUUAACAAGCGUGAGUGCCAGAGUAUCACGCAGCCUUUCUGCAAUCUCACUCGUGAAACAGAAAACUUCACGGAGCCUUACUACGCCAGGGUGAGGGCCACUGGCCGGAACUCCUGCUCCUCCAACUGGGUGUACUCAGAAAGAUUUGAACCUAGAAAAGAGACUAUUAUUGGAGCACCAGAAGUGGAGUAUAUUCCUUAUGUACGGUCCAUAAAGUUUCUUAUACGGGCCCCUUAUACUCCACUGAGAGGUGAGGAUGACCGCCAGCUAACCAUAGAGGACAUCUACAGCAAAUUCGGUGCCGUUGAUUAUCACUUAACAAUAUUCAACCAAAGGACACACCAAAAGUGGACAAAGGAUGAGCAAAACAAAGAAUUUGAAGUUUUCAACUUGGACCCAGACACUGAAUAUAAUGGAACAGUAUACAUACACCUCCUCCAGAGAAGUAGCAAAGCUCAAGUAUUUUGGGUUAAAACGCUAGCAGACAACACAUGGCUUCUCUACUGUUUCGUGGCACUCGCAUUCUGCACUGGACUGGUGUUUGCUGCGGUUAGCUAUGUGAUCUAUAAAUACGUCAAGAAACACAGCGCACAGCCUAUGUCUUUGGACUUCAGAGGGAUUUCAUCGUUCCAGCCUCUUACACUGACAGUAGAACAUAUUAUAAAGCCCAUUAAUUUAACCAAGCCUUCACUUCUCAUCCCUGAAGUGCAGUUACCACAGAUCAGCCAACAUGUGGACAGAGCACCGGAGCCACCGUGGUCUUUCCGUCCACCAGAAACUGCCUAUCAGCAACAGACAGAUGUACGGACAUUUCAGCUGCCCACCCAGGCACCCUGCUUGGCAAGCACAGCUCCUGCUGGUUACGCUCCUCAAAUAGUUGAGCAAAGCGUUCCUACUGCCACGUCCAGCAAAACUCUGCCCCUGACCUAUGGGGUGUGUGUCAAAGGCACAGACCAUGCUGACAAGAAGAAUUUGCAGCCAAACGAAAUGCUAAAGGAAGUUUCUCCAGACAGUUUUAUUGGUGGAAAGCUCAUAAUCCAGAUGCUGGGCAAGAGCUACAGCCAUUGGAAUUACAAAGAACAGAAGCCAAACUUGGCAUUGUGGAACAGCAGUGACACAAGAGCGUCAGUUCUUUUACAGGGGAGCCCUGAGCAAACACAGCAACUGCUGUUGCAGACUGAUGGGAUGGAAAGUAAAGUGCAUGUAUCCCAGCUGUCGCUGCCUUUGCUGGAACAAGGAGGAUGCUAUAGACGACAGACAGCAGAACUGACACCAAUAUGGUCUUCAGUGAAAGCUGACGCGGACUAUGCUCCAGAGAACGAAUCGCUGUCAUCAGCAGCCCUCCUUUUCUCAGUCAGUACUGGUAACGACUUCCCUGGAGAGAGCUACACAGAGCGGUGGAUGUUGCCAGAUUCAUUCUUCCAUUCUGCAAAUAAAUUGCGGUUCCCAGAGACUCAAGAAACAGAAAUGUUAACAGCAGCAAAGGAGCUAAGCUGCACAAAACUGAAUAAUGUUGUCUCCGGAGACACUAUCUCAGACCGGGACGACAGCAUUCCUCUCACUAUGCUGUUCAAAGAUUUGGACUUAAAAGUACUGUGGGAUCAGGAUGAAAACACUGAAUUUUAUUAGGGUGACUUAAUGAUGUUAAAAUUCAGAUCAUGUAUGCUUGCAUGAAAUCGUAGCCUGCCCUGCAAACAGUGCAAUGCAAAUAAACACAGCUAAUCUCAGAUGUGUAAGCACG